AUGGCUGCAGCAGUGGAGAUCAUCAAGAGCAUCAAGGAGGAGAUAAAGUUGGCAACGGAGAGCCUUCCAGCGGUGAGGUACAACUCAAGAAUGCUGCAGUUUCUAUGUCAGCAGCUGGGCAAAGUCAAGGACGCCCUUCUAAAUCCGGCCAUGAGCAUGACAGAAAAGGCUUUGGGCGACCUGAAGGAUGCCGUGGAGCAGGGUUCGCACCUCGUUCGGCGGCAUGCCGAAGUAUUCAAGGUGGAGAAUUUCUACAAGAUCAAAGAUGUGCGGCACAUGGUCCAGAUGACGUGCGAGAAACUUGCCACAUGCUUUGACCAUUUGCGUAUGCAGCAGCAGGUGGAUGUGCAGGUCAGCAUGAGUGAGGACAUCGUGCAGGAUGACAGGAACUACAUGUACUGGUACCUGACCUGCAUACUGGAAGGCAAGAGGGUGGACAGGCAGCUCCCCGACAGGCUGAAGAUGGAGCUGGAAAUGCAAAUCAGCGACCACAGAUGUUAUAUGAAGUAUGUGAACUGGAUUGAGGAAAGAAAACUUGAGAAGAGGGGGAGGAUCGGUGCAGGUGGCGAGGGAGACAUCGAAAUGGCAUUGUGGAAUGGCCACACAGUGGCUGUGAAGACUCACCGGAAAGAUCUCAGCCCUGAGGCACGUGCAGAAUUCAUCACUGAGGUUGAAAUCCACACCCGAAUGAAUCACCCCAACGUCGUCCGCUGCUGGGGAGCCACACCAUCCAAUGCGAUCGUCAUGGAGCUGGCUGAAUUCGAUUUGGAAAGGUUGUUGGAAAAGCAAGGCCCUGCUCAGCCCUGGCAGUGGAAGGUGGGCACGAUGAAGAGCGCCUCCGCAGGCCUCAGGUACCUGCAUGACAACCGGGUGGUCCACAGGGAUGUCAAGUGCUCCAAUUUCUUGGUGUUCAACGUGGACAGGGCCAGUGGCCCGAUCAUCAAGAUCGGCGACUUCGGGCUCGCACUUGCGAAGACGGAAACGAGGUCCAAGACGGCCAGGCCGCUGAUGGGCACACUCCUUUGGAUGGCCCCUGAGAUUCAUGACGGCCAACCACACAGCUUCAGGUCCGACGUGUUCAGCUUCGGGCUGGUGCUGUACAUGAUCGCCUCAGGCUGCCAGCCUUAUGGGGGAAUCAGCCACCAUGAGCAGCUGCUAAAGGGGAAGAAGAAGAAGAAGGGCCAUGGGCCAUGCUUGCUGCCCAACGACUGCCCGAAAAGGCUGGCAGAUCUCCUGGGCGAGUGCAUAUCGGUGGACAGCCGAGAGCGGCCCACAAUGGCAAAGGUAGACAGCAACUUGCAAAAGAUCCUGGAAGAGUGCCAGCGUACUCCAGCAACCACGUCAACGAGUGAAGACGUUGAAAUGGAGGAGGCUCCCACGAGAAGCGAUUGUUCGUACUAG